AUGCAAAUCUGCUGGAGUCAAAGAGGAUUUCCUGCCUCUGCUCCCUCCCACCCGUGAAGUGACCUUAAUCUCAGUGGCCUUUGCAAAUCUGCUCUCAUGGCUACAUCUGACAAUUUACUGUCACUUAGGAAUCCAAAUGUAAUCACCUUUAACAUUUAUAGAAAUCUGAGAAGAAAUACCCAAAAAGCAAGUCUCCAUAAGGCAAAUGCUUUGAAAUGUGACAACGACUCAUCUGUGGGGCUUCAAAUGCUUCAAACAAUACAUUUGCGAAAACGCUGGCUAGAGCUGAAAGACCGAGAGUACGCAGCACGACAGUUUAACCGAGAGCUGCUGCAGCAGUUUGACAAAGCUCAAGACACACUGAGAGAGAUGAUAGCCGCCACCGCUUCUAUGAAGACUAUUCGGAUGGAGUAUGACCUGUUCCUGGAGGAGAGCGCUUCCCACAGGCAGCAAGAACACAAAGAGAAAACACAAGUUCACCACGAAAAGAGGAUGGAACAGUGUUUAAAGAUGUGUCUCAAAAAAGAAGAGCAAGUGUCUAAAUCCAUUGGGAAACAUUUAUAUUCAAGUGGUUGUAGCAGUCAAGCACAGAGAAAUGGUUCUACACAACUGUGCAAUGGCCAAGGCGGUUCUCCGGCCUAUAUGCACUCUGUACCUUCUCAAUCCCUUUCUGCGCAGACAAUGACAGCCUCUGCAUUCUCUCCAACUUUACUUCCAUGUACUCAGACCUUCCAGCUCCAGCCCCUUAUAGCCACGUCUCCGAAGCCACAAUAUUGGCAGAGACAUAAUUCACCUGACUGGCCUCCCAAUCAGGUGGACACCCCCCGGUCCUCAAUGGUGUCUGAUGCUGAAGAUGCAGUGACAAGCAUUAGCUUUAGGAGCAAAUGCAGGCAUUUAUCCCAGGAGUUGGAUUUUAAACCAGUCCGUUUGCCCUGCAAGUCCGGUGAAAACGGUGACACCAGCACCAGCAAAGACUCCAGACAGGUGAUGAGUAGGAAGAAGAAAAGGACCACCAAAGAGGGUGACAGAAGCAGCUCUGAGGAAUCAUUAAGGACUUCAUCAUCAGCGGGUCAGACAUCUAAAAGCAUUGAGUCGUCAUAUAAAGGCAGCAACUCCACGAGGGUGAACAUUGGGGGAAAUAUUGGUGGAUCCCCACUGACCACAAAGAAUGGAAGAGGAAAAAGAGAUAGCCCAAAGAGCUAUUCUAUGAGCAAGUCCCAAAAUGAACAUGAAGUUAGUCGAAGUCCUUUAAACCAGUCCGAGAGCAGCAGCGGUGACGAUUCACCUUCCCAAUCAGAGUCUAGCAGUAGAAGCAGCACGACUCCAGAAGUCAAAGACAACGAAGAACUACAACAGGAUGAAGAGACAGAUGACAAUAGUGAUGAAGAUGAGCGCAACCUGGAGGACAAUGGGGCAGAAGAUAAGUCACCAGGGGAUGACAGGGAGCACCAGUUUGAUAAAGAUCAAGUAGGAGAUAACUGCCAACCUGACAAGGUGAACGAGAAGGAAAAAAAAAAAGAUUUGUGUUGGUUGCAGGAUGAGGACGUCAGUGAGGAUAAUGCCGAAGAGGAGUUGGAAGAAGAGGAGCAAUCAAGUGAGGAGAAAGCCGAGGAGAGAGAUUCAGAUGACAUUAUUUUCUCACAUCCGCAGAACAAGGUGCACUUUAGUCCACAAGAGGGUUUUAACGACAAUGACAGCGAGGUGGGAAGCAGUACAGGGAAAUCUGAUGAAGACUCAAGUGAACUUGAUGAUGACGACGUUGAGAGUCUCCUUGCUCCUCAAACUCAUAAAAAGAUAAGCGAGAACAAGGAUUUCAAAAUAGUAGUGAAACCCAAAAAUACCACCGCCACCAAAGUUAUAAGCAACAUGGCAAUAUUCCAAGCGGGACCACAACUGGAUCAGCAAAGUGACUCUGAUGACCAUUUUUAUGAUUAAUUACCAUUAGAUACGAUUACAUAUAUGUUUUUGUAUUCCACCCAUCUCAUACUACAGGGAGCACACAUACUAUGUAUGUGCUAUUAUAUUUUGUUGUUGCUAUAGGAUAUGUUUAUAUUUACACAGAAUUGUUAUUUUUUUUGUCAGAGAUCUGGAAUUCUUAUGUUCAUUGGGAACCAUGUUGCAUUUGGAACUUAAAGUGGAUAGGUGAACUUCUUUCACCUAAUGAACAUGCUGAUUGGACAAUGGGUUUCUCAUGGGGAGGGGGUGUUAGUACUUAUGUAAUAAAUCAAAUAAGUACCAUUAAAAAACGUGGAUGCCAACUAACACCCCGUUUUGAAAUAUGUGUCAUAGUUUGAUUCUUGUCAAGCUAUUCUAUGACAAUUACAGUAUACAAGUUCUAAGCACCUUGCCUCCCCUUCUCAGGCCUGUGUAUUUAUUACUGAUUUCUGGGUAGAGUCAUCAUAGAUUUUGUGGAUGUAACCAAAUGAUUUGUAAAUAUAACAAUUCGAACGCAAUUAUUUAAAAAAAUGAACUAGUUGAUGCAAUAUACUUAGUGGGCCACAAGACUGCGAUAUCAAGAGCCGGUUGGUUCAAAAUUGGUCUCCAUUAAGUACAUUUGUAUUAGUCCUUCUUUUGGUUAAAUCUUUACCACCUGAGCUGCCAAACAAUGGUGGAUGCUUUUCUCGUCUUCGUCUACUGAGGCGGCACGCUGAAUGAGUAGCCGUCCGUAAGUGCCACCCACCUGGCCUUUGGUCAGGCGUCCGGGAUUAACACAUACACAGCCAAUUAUAUCCUGCGGAGAUUUUGUCUAUUAACAUAGUUUACGGGAAAAAUAAAAUGACUCAGAUUUGCUUGUUCUGUACCUUGACUAAGUAGCGUAGCUCAGAUGGAAUGAUGAGAAUGUCUGGUGUGAGUGGCAUCUGACCAAAGCUCUGGAACUUCUCAUAGUCCAUGUUCACAUCCUCAACGGGUGGGUACAGUGGAUAGUAGCUGACGGGAAACAUGCAUACUAUAUCUAGCAUACAGACCAUAGCGAGGUCAAUCAAUAGCAUGGGUGAUAUUUCCCCCCCCUACCUUCUCUGUGUCAGUAUGUGCUUCAGAAGGCGAGAAAAUCUGUCUGAGCCAGUGCCACUGCAACAAAGAACGCAACCAUUUAAUGAGAGCAAAAGCUACUACAGAGGACAUCGGUACAUAAAACCUGGAAUCAGGUAUUUUUGCUCAAUCCAAUAUCAUUCUAUCCUCAUAAUGUAUCAUUUUAAAGGCAGGCAUUAGCGUUAUAAAAGUGUAGAGAUAGACCGAUUAUCCGCCGAGCCGAGUAUCGGCGCUGUUAUUUGGAAAUUUGACGUAUAUCUGCCUUUUUAAAAAUUUAUAUCAGCUCAGAUGCAGCCGUGCCUCUCUCUGCUGCCUGCAGUCUCCUGUAUUCACCCAGUCCUCUGAUUGGUGAAAUGGUAAAUGGAGUUACACAUGUGUUGCGCCUUUCCACCUUUUUAAGGCCCUACCUACUGGUGACGCAGCACCAGGAGCAACAUGGGGUUUAGUAUCUUGCUUAAGGAUACUUAGACGAGGUCAUCUUUCUUGUCUGUGGAAAUAUUUGAGAGAGCUAUUCAUUUACUCUUUUAUUCAUCUUUAUAAGAGAUGUUUCUGAGUCUAGGAAAUUCAGGCACUUCUGGAGCAAUUAUUUUUUGUGUGAUUAAAAAAAAUGAGAGGUGCAACAAUUAAUCGAUGAAACGACAACUAAUCGAUUAGCAAAUUAAUCGACAGCUAUUUUGAUAACCAAUUAAUCGUUUAGGACCUUCUUCACCUUAAACUUGUGUAAAUUGUAACUUCAGUUGUAAAUAUCUGAUUUCUUCAUUACAUUUUUGUUAAGUCAAAGUAGGAGACGAACAAAAAUUUGCUUUUACUUUGGAAAACAAUUCAUUUUUGCCAAUUUUCUGACAUCUUACUGUCUAAACUAGCUUCUUAAUAAGGCUACAAAUACUAAUGGAUUAAAAUCGACUAACAAAUUAGCUAGCAACAAAUUUGAUAAUCGAUACAGUUGUAGAUUACCGUUAAGUAAGGAAGCUGUAAUAAAAUAGUUUUGAAGGAAAUACUUGUCAUUUAUUUUGUCUUCAUUGUUACUUACAACAUGCCUAAAACAACUUCAAGGCAAAUUGAGAAGAUAAGAAAUAGGUGACAUUUAUCCAAUGAAUCGUUUAAUCAAUCGUCUGAUUAAUCAAUAGAGAAAAUAAUCGUUAGU